AUGUUGUCCUCCAGGUCCUACUUGGACCUGUCACACGAGCGACCUCACACGCAGAAAGACAAGAAACUUAGCCCCGAACCCCAUCAGUCGGAGCGUCCGAGAACUCCAAAGCACCUGCCUUCUCGAGCACCGAAUACCCCCGAUCAGGUCUCGGGGAUAUUCGACAACAGCUCGGCAGCUCCGGAUCGUCCCGCCCGGAAAAGAGGCAGGCCGAAAUUGGAAACUAUCAAAGAUGCCGCAGCCAUCGAGGAACGUCGCCUUCAGAUUCGACGCGCGCAACGCACGUAUAGAAACAAGAAAGAAGCUACCAUCCAGGCACUCAGAUCUCGCGUAAACUCGCUGGAGCAAACGCUAGCCAAUGUAUCCGAUCUCCUCGCGCACGAUGCCGGCAGUGGAGCGCCCCCAAGCGCCGACUAUCUGGCACGCACACGAGAACUUAUUCUUGCAGAGUUAGGCAGAGCCACUCCUACCGACCAUGACGCUCCAAUCCAGAAUGCCGACCAGAGAGAUAUCUUCGGCUAUCAUGUCUCACAUGCCUCAGGCACUGAGCCUCAGAACAAUACUCGUACUAUCUCACGUAUCCGUCCCAGAUCUCCAUCUCCACUGAUCAACCGUAUCCUCCCCACAGCCACAAUCUACACAUACAGUCAUCAAGAAUCCAACCUCUCCCGCCGUCUCCAAAGGUUCUGCCUGGAGCAUACCUACCGCUGGCUGACGGACCCAAAUACUCCACCAGCGCAACUCAGUCGCGUCUUCGGAUUGGUCCCCUGCAUCCAUGACAUGCCGGGCAUCAGACGGCAUUUCCGACGCACUUUGCAAUCGGAAAUAGGGAGCAAUUUGGAAUACGUCAAGAUGCCGUACUACACCCUUGGCGGUGCAGGUACACAUUUUCCCCAACUGCGGGACGGCCGGCCCGUCUUCCCAGAGAACACACGGAGACCGGGCAGAAUCUUAAGGCGGAUGGAGAGGAUCCUGGAGCGCGGUGGGAUUCGAGACUGGGAUGAGGAUUGGAGUGGGGAUUCAUAUCCUGUGGGGCUGGGGCUGGGGACGGGGGACGAGGAGAGGAUUCGCUCGUUGGAUCUUGAUGGUGAGUGGUUCGAUUGUCAUGAUGUGCAGGGGUACUUGGAACACCGGGGCGUUGCGCUUGAUGGAGCGCUUAGAUUGGGGGUCCCGGAGGCGUUGGUUGGUGCUUUGUAUGGGGUUUCGCCUAUGUCGAGUGUUUCUAGCCUCUAUGCUUCGCCGGGUGUGUUUCUCGAUCAAGUGGACCCAAGAGAGGCUUAUACUUUGGACGUGGAGUGUUUCUUUGAUCGUGGGUCUUUUCCCCUUCGCUUGCUCAUGUUCACCGCAUUAACAUUAACAGUGCUACUCCCCAACCUCCGCAUCCUUGGUCGCGCCCCAGGCUUCCGGACAGCUGAUGUCGAUGCUGCACUACGAGGCGCUAUCUCUCGUCGGUCAUUUGCAUAG